AUGGCGACAACACGCUGCCUUCAGUUUUUGUGCGUGACGCUGAUGAUCCUCUGUAACGACAAGACCGUGGCAGGUGACAUCAUCGGGGGGAGAGGAGGCCGCGGGUCCACAGACUGCGCUGCCGUGAAAAUCAGGACCUGGACCUUUCAUGCACCUGCGGGGUUUCCCACGGUGAGACACCUGCCGCAGCUCCGAGCCACCUGGAAGCACCUGGAACAGCAGCUGCAAACGGCUGAGGGGAUGUUGGAACAGGUCGAGAGGCACCUGGGUUCUCCGGACAUGUGGAUCGAUUGCUCGGCCAUUUUCCACUCGUCGAACGGGACGGCCAGAAGCGGCGUGUACACCAUCCGCCUGGCGGGGGCGAACCGAUCCGUCCCCGUCUACUGUCGCAUGGAGGGCGGGCAGGGCUGGACGGUCCUUAUGCGGCGUCAGGACGGCUCCGUGGACUUCUACCGCACCUGGGAGGAGUACAAGAUCGGCUUCGGCAACCUGUCCACGGAGUUCUGGCUCGGCAACGACAACAUCCACCUGCUGACCAACCAGGCCAGGUACGGGCUGCGGGUGGAUUUGGAGACGUUCGACGGAGAGUCGAGCUACGCCCAGUACCGGAGCUUCUCCGUCCAGGACGAGGCCUCCAAGUACAGGCUGACUCUCGGGAGAUGGCUCAACGGGACCGCCCGCGACGCUCUCCGCGUCAGCAACAACUUCGCCUUCGCCACAUGGGACAAUGACACUGCUACCAAGACGGCCUUCAGGUUCAGGAGUGCGGGGUGGAUGUACAAUACAUAUUUCCCCAACCUACACGGCGUGUACUACACUCCGCAAACCGCGCCGACCAACACAAAAUUGCCUCUUGAUACCAUCAGAUGGUACAUCAGGAUAGAUGAUAAGGGCAAUAUUUACCCCUUACUGAAGUUUGUUGAGCUGAGGGUCGCACCUGAAGUUACAUGA